CAUAACUACACCACCAUGCCUGAGCCUUUAAGAUGCACGGGGAGCAUGAAAUCUCGUGAACUGCGCUUUUCACGUGCCAUGGUGUUUGCAGUUGAGGAGAUCAACAACAGCUCCAAGCUGCUGCCAGACAUCCAACUCGGGUAUCAGAUCUAUGACUCGUGCGCCUCAGUGCCCGUGGCUGUGCACGUGGCAUUUCAGCUGUCAAACGGCCUGGACCCCAUGUUUCACACCGGUGAUGACUGCACCCACUCUGGUAGGGUUGUGGCCAUCGUGGGUGAGUCAGGGUCCACACCGUCCAUCAGCAUGUCGCGCAUCAUCGGGUCCUUCAACAUUCCUCAAGUGAGCCACUUUGCCACUUGUGCUUGCCUGUCCGAUAAGCAGCAGUACCCCACUUUCUUCAGGACGAUCCCCAGUGAUCAGUUUCAAGCAGAUGCACUCGCUAAGCUGGUGAAACACUACGGCUGGACGUGGAUAGGCGCAGUCCACUCCGACUCAGACUAUGGAAAUAACGGAAUGGCCUCAUUUCUGGAUGCAGCUCGCAAAGAGGGCAUCUGUGUGGAGUACUCGGAGUCCUUCUAUCGCACACACCCACGCAGUCGGAUCAAAACAGUGGCUGAUGUCAUCCGCAGGUCCACAGCUACGGUGGUGGUAGCAUUUGUGGCCUCUGGAGAUAUGAGGAUCCUGCUGGAGGAGCUGUCGCAGGAGCCGACGCCAGCUCGCCAGUGGAUAGGCAGUGAGUCCUGGGUGACAGACCCAGACAUGCUGAGGUUCAGCUUCUGUUCCGGGGCCAUCGGAUUUGGUAUCCAGCAGUCUGUCAUCCCGGGCCUGAGAGAAUUCCUGCUGGAUCUCUCAGCCACUGAAGUGGCUGCCUCACCACUGCUCACUGAGUUCUGGGAGGGUGUGUUCAACUGCAAACUGGGAAAAAGUGCUGCUAAAGACAUGCCUGAUUGUGAUGGGACUGAAGACAUGCAGACACUGGAGAGUCCAUACACUGACACAUCUCAGCUCAGAAUCACCAACAUGGUUUACAAGGGUGUCUAUGCAAUUGCACAUGCCAUUCACGAUGCACUGUGCUAUGAAAUCAAUUCCAAAAUCCAUUGUGAUAAACUCACUCAGCUGGAGUCCAAGCAGGUUUUUGCUCAGUUGAAAAAAGUAAAUUUUUCCCAGAAUGGCUAUGAUGUGUCAUUUGAUGAUAAUGGUGAUCCUGUGGCUGUUUAUGAGCUUGUUAACUGGCAAAAAAGUGAAACAGGCCUCAUUGAGUUGGUGACAGUGGGGCACUAUGAUGCAUCGCUACCCAUCGGCCAGGAGUUUCGUAUCAACAGGAACCUCACAUGGGUGGAUGGCGGCCAAAAAGUGCCAGUGUCAGUGUGCACUGACAGCUGCCCUCCUGGAACUCGGAAAGUUCUGCAGAAAGGGAAACCCAUCUGCUGCUAUGACUGUGUUCCCUGUCCUGAGGGUGAAAUAAGCAACUCUACAGAUUCCCCUGAUUGUUACCCAUGCCCGAAGGAGUUCUGGCCUAACGCAAACAGAGACACCUGCUUUCUCAAGCCUGUGGAGUUUCUUUCCUUCAGUGAGAUUCUGGGAAUCGUCUUGACUGUUUUUUCAUUGAUCGGAGCUUGUCUGGCCAUCACGACCGCAACUGUAUUCUUUAGACACAUCAAUACUCCUAUAGUCAGGGCCAACAACUCUGAGCUCAGCUUCCUUCUUCUCUUCUCCCUCACUCUGUGUUUUUUAUGCUCUCUGACCUUCAUCGGACCCCCCUCCGAGUGGUCCUGCAUGCUGAGACACACAGCGUUCGGCAUCACCUUCGUCCUCUGUAUCUCCUGUGUACUCGGUAAAACCAUAGUGGUGUUAAUGGCCUUCAAAGCAACACUUCCAGGUAGCAAUGUUAUGAAAUGGUUUGGUCCUACGCAGCAGAGGAUGACCGUAGUUUCUUUUACUUUUAUUCAAGUUUUAAUUUGUACUAUUUGGUUAGUGCUCAGUCCUCCUUUCCCGAUCAAAAAUCUAACAAUAUACAAAGAGAAAAUCAUCCUGGAAUGUGAUUUAGGGUCUGCCAUUGGAUUCUGGGGAGUUCUUGGGUACAUAGGCCUUCUGGCCGUCUUCUGCUUUGUGUUAGCCGUCCUCGCCCGUAAGCUACCUGAUAAUUUCAACGAGGCUAAACUAAUCACUUUCAGCAUGUUGAUAUUCUGUGCAGUCUGGAUCGCCUUCAUCCCAGCGUAUGUCAGCUCUCCUGGGAAGUUUACUGUGGCUGUCGAGAUAUUUGCUAUUCUGGCCUCCAGUUUUGGACUGAUAGUGUGUAUAUUUGCUCCAAAGUGUUAUAUCAUAUUGUUUAGGCCAGAGAAGAACACCAAGAAAUACUUAAUGAACAAAAAUCAAGACUACUCCACGCGUCGCCGCACAGCACUGCAAGCCAUGCCGUUCCGCGCUUCACCACACGUCGCCGCUCCGCGCGUCACCACACGUCACCGCUUCGCGCGCUGCAUGGGGCUGUCGCCGGUCAUGCUGGUGAAGAAGAAGGGAAGAGGAUGGCUGUUCUGCGUAGAUUACCGGCGUCUCAACAGCACGACCAAGAAAGACUCGUACCUGCUGCUGCGCAUCGACGACGCCCUCGACUACAUCUCCGACUCCAGCUGGUUCAGCUCCCUCAACCUCCGCAGUGGCUACUGGCAAGUGGAACUCGCACCGGAAGCAAGACCAAAAACCGCAUUUACCUUCGGCCAGGGGCUGUGGCAGUUCCGGGUCAUGCCAUUCGGGCUCUGCAACGCACCGGCAACGUUUGAGUGGCUGAUGGAGAGAGUGCUGCCCGCCGUCCCACGUGAACACUGUUUGGUGUACCUCGACGACCUCCUGGUGCACGCUAACAGCUUUGAGGGGGCCCAUGCCAACUUAAAAGAAGUCUUCGAGCUACCGACACUUCAUGAAAAACUUGGAAAAACUAUCGCCAGUCCACUCCACCGCCUGGCUGACAAGGGCCGGCCAUUUCAGUGGGACAACAGCUGCACCACCGCCUUCCACUCCCUCCAAACUGCCCAGAACGCCCCCAUCCUGGCGUAUCCAUCUUCGACCGAGCCGUUCAUUGUGGACACCGAUGCCAGCAAUGUUGGUGUGGGGGCGGUGUUGUCUCAAGGAGAGGGGGAGGCCAAGAAAGUCGUGGCCUACUUCACCAAAGCACUGAGCCGGACCGAGCGAAACUACUGUGUCACCCGACGUGAACUGCUGGCUGUGGUGUUGGUGUUGCGGCAGUUCCAGCCGUACCUCCUGGGCUGGCGGUUCCACCUCUGCACAGAUAAUGCUUCAUUGACAUGGCUGCUGAACUUUAAAGACCUGGAGGGCCAGGUGGCCCGCUGGAUUGAGAUCCGACACUGGGUGGGGUGCCAGCACAGCAACGUUGAUGCGCUGUCCCGGUGGCCCUGUGCAGCAGCUGAGUGCCGUUUCUGCCAGCGGCAGGAGGAGCGGGGACCCAAAGUCCAGAGUGCGGACGUGCGCGUCGGGGUGGACAUCCUGGGUCCAUUCCUCAUCACCGACUCUGGUAACCGGUACAUCCUUGUGGCCAUGGACUAUUUUACUAAGUGGCCCGAGGCAUAUGCGGUUCCUGCCCAAAGUGCCUCCACGACCUUCAAGCGGUUAGUGGAGGAGAUGUUUUGCAGGUUUGGCGUGACGGAGGAGCUCCACAGCGACCAGGGGCAGAACUUUGAGAGCCAGGUCUUCGCUGAGGUCUGCAGGCAGCUGGGGGUAACUAAGACUUGCACCACACUGCUUCACCCCCAGAGCGACGGGUUGGUGGAACGUUUUAACAGGACACUGACCACCCAGCUUGCCAUCCUCACCAGCUGCCACAAGCAAGACUGGGACCGCCAUCUGCCUCUGGUCCUGUGGUCGUACCGCUUCGCGGUACAGGACUCCAGUCAAUGCACGCUGGCCACCCUGCUGUUUGGUCGGGAACUGCGCACCCGCGUGGACUUGGUGUUCGGCCCCCCUCCGGAACCAGAGGUAGCUGCAGGACCCGAGCUGGAGUAUUUCCAGCGCUUGAAAGAGCGCCUGCGAGUAGCGCAUGAUUUUGCCCGAGGAGCCCAGGAGGACGCGGGGCUCAGGCAAAAGCUGGCGUACGACACCCUGUGCCGGGGGCAGCCCCUCACCCAAGGACAAUGGGUGUGGUGUGUAAAAGUGGGAAAUAGUGAGCCUCUGACCUUUAACUCUGAGGGGGAUGUAGUCAUCGGAGGGAUAUUCCCUCUGCACUAUGUGGCGUCGAAACCAGUCAACAGCUUCCAAAGAAGACCCCUGAACACACCAUGCAGUGGCUUUGACCUCAGGGCCUUCCGCUGGAUGAUGACAAUGGUGUUUGCAGUGGAGGAAAUCAAUAGUAAUUCCAGCCUGUUACCAGGUAUUAAACUCGGCUACCGGAUUGUGGACAGCUGUGACCACGUCCACACCAGCCUGCGAGCUCUUUUGUCUUUAGUCGGUCACUCCAAAACUGGGAUGAGCACAAGAAGCACAGCACAGGGUGAAACUACCAAAUGUCUGUCUGGAUCGCCUGUGAGUUAUUUUGCUACUUGUACCUGUCUAACUGACAAGUACAUGUACCCAUCAUUCUUGAGAACAGUGCCGAGCGACCUCUUUCAAGUGAGAGGACUUGUACAGCUGGUCACCUUCUUAGGCUGGUUUUGGGUGGGCACGAUUGGGACCACGGAUGACUACAGUCACUAUGGCAUUCAAGCUUUCUCAAGCCAAUUCCACCAACAGGGUGGUUGUGUGGCCUUUCACCUCAUGAUCCCUAAAUCCCCCACUGCGGCUGACAUCCAAGAAAUGGCCGACAAGCUGCAGAGCUCGACUGCACAUGUUGUGGUUGUUUUUGCCACUGAGGGACAAUUGCUGGAUCUGCUCUUAGAACUCACUCAGAGAAAUGUGACUGGGAUUCAGUGGGUAGCCAGUGAGGCCUGGGUGACUGCCAGCCUGUUGACCUCACCUCACUUCCAUCCACUUUUAGAGGGCACAGUCGGCUUCUCCUUCCCUGGAGUCAGAAUUCCUGGGUUAAAAGAGUUUCUUUUGAAUGUGCGUCCUUCCUCUAAACCAGGGAUGGAGUUUGUCAACAUGUUCUGGGAAGAGCAAUUUGGCUGUAAGCUCGACCCAUUUAAAGUUGAUGAAAACCAUAAAGCUGAAGGUCCGUUGUGUACAGGUGCAGAGGAUCUGAGGUACACUAACAGUGGUUACACUGAUGUAUCCCAGGUCAGAAUAUCAUAUAAUGUCUACAAAGCUGUGUAUGUCAUUGCCCAUGCUUUGCAUAGCUUACUGAAGUGUAAUCCUGCAGAAUCUGAAAAAGGACAAUGUGAGAAACACACCUCAUUCACCACUGAGCAGCUGCUGCACCAUAUGAAAACAGUGAAUUUCACUGAUCAAUUUGAUGAGAAAGUGUAUUUUGACACAAAUGGAGAGCCGGUUCCUCUUUAUGAUAUUAUCAACUGGCAAAAGGACAGGAGGGGUGAAAUCAGAUUCAUCAAAGUAGGAAGCUAUGAUGGCUCAGCUCCACUGGGACGACAGCUGCAGAUAGAGCAGAGCACUAUUGUCUGGACAGGAGGGCAGUCACAGGUGCCAGUGUCACAGUGCAGUCCUCCAUGUUUGCCUGGUAGUCGGAGGGCCAUACAGCCAGGACAGCCUCUCUGCUGCUUUGACUGUCUGCCCUGUGCAGAUGGAGAGAUCAGCAACCAAACCGGUUCCUCUGAGUGCACAAAGUGUCCCAAAUACUACUGGUCAGACAGAGAGAAGGUGAAAUGUGUAGCGGGGAUUGAAGAAUUUCUCUCUUUCUAUGACACUAUGGGCAUCAUCCUGGUUGCACUCACGCUGCUGGGCGUCAUCCUGACAACUGUCAUCACCUGUGUCUUUCACCGGUUCCGCUCCACACCCAUCGUCAAAGCGAACAACUCAGAAAUCAGCUUCUUACUUCUCUUCUCUCUCAAACUGUGCUUCCUGUGCUCUCUGGUUUUCAUCGGGCAGCCGUCUGUGUGGACGUGCCGGCUCCGACAGGCCGCAUUCGGGAUCAGCUUUGUCCUCUGCAUGUCCUGCCUCCUGGUUAAGACCAUUGUAGUUCUCUUGGCUUUCCGGGCUAAUGUGCCUGGCUCCAGGGCUCUGAAGCUGUUUGGGCCUUCCCAGCAGAGAACUCUGAUCCUCUGCACUACAGUCCCACAGGUUUGCCUCUGUGCCGGUUGGCUGCUGGGUGCACCUCCCUUCCCAUUUAGGAACCCAACAUACCAGGCCUCAACUGGAAAAAUUGUUGUGGAGUGUAAGGAGCCAUGGCCUCCUGGGUUUUACCUCAUCCUCGGUUAUAUUGGCCUACUGGCCUUCAUCUGUCUCCUUCUGGCAUUCCUAGGACGGAAACUGCCUGACACUUUCAAUGAGGCGAAGCUCAUCACUUUCAGCAUGUUGAUUUUUUGGGCUGUGUGGAUCUCCUUCAUCCCAGCUCAUGUAAGCUCUCCCGGGAAGUUCACUGUGGCCGUGGAAAUAUUUGCCAUAUUAGCAUCCAGCUUUGGGUUGUUACUGUGUGUUUUUGUGCCUAAAUGCUACAUUAUUUUAUUUCAACCUGACAGAAACACUAAAAAAGGCAUGACGGGAAAAUAUCUGCGAUAA